AUAGUUAAUCUGUUUUAAUAUGACUGUAAUUAAAUAAUUACAUAUAUCUAAUUGUGAAAUAAUUGCGUUAAAAUUGCAGUUUUAAAAAACUUUACAAAAAUAGCACAUAAUGAUUAAAUACGUUCAAAACGACAUAUAAAACGAUGUACAUUUCAUUUUCAGUUUAGUCAAAUAAAAUAACAUCAUGAAACUGUUAUUAUAUCACUUCGUAACUAUUUAUUGCGCGAUUAAGUACUUGUUAGGGAUACCAACAGGAUUAAAGAAAAAACUCCCAUAUCCUCUAUAUUUACUAAUACAAGCAUGUCUCGUUAUUGCAUCAAUUAUAAUCAUGCUGUGUUUGUCUUUUGCAUUUUUAUUAAUUCAAAUAUUUUUAUUCGGACUCGAUUUAUGGUUAAUAUUGAAACUAGGCAAUAAUUACGGUGGUAGAUUACCAGGACAAGACGCUGUGUUUGAAAGUACAGAAGAAAAAAUAUCCAUUGCAACCCUUGUAAUUUUGAACCAGAAGGAAGAUGAUGAAGAUUUCAAUAAACGGAUUCAAGAAUUAUUCAAAAAUAUACACAACUCAUCCAAGAAAUUAUCUUACGUCGUCGAAAGUUGUUUGGGGUAUAGUUAUUACGUAAAGAACCAAGUUAAUUCUGAUGAUUGUUGCGUUUUUACUAAAAUUAACGAUAAAGAAUGUUUGACUCGUGACGAAAUAUUAGAACAUAUUAAAAAGAAGUCUUUACGUAAUAUGUGUAAUGGGAAAAGAUUGUGGUAUGGGGAAAUAUUUACACAACGCGUUUUAUGGAAUGAAAAAGAACAACAAAAAGUGAUACUGAUUGUAUUUAGGCAUUGUUUAGGUGAUGGUCCAUCCCUAUUAGGUAUAGCCAAAAAAUUCGCAACUCCCGACGUACAACCAAAACCUACAAAACUCGAUCCAAAAUAUACAACGAAACCUAUAUUUACACUUGAUGACGCCUACGUUUACCGAAACUUUUUAACAUUUGAAAGAGAUGGGCAAAAAUUUGAAACAAUAAAUAACGAACGUCACAUGGCGUUUUAUAUAGAACGUUGUAUCAAGUAUGUCCCGUUAAUUAAAAAAAUUAAAAAUAAACUCGGAUUAGGGUUUACUGAAGUAUUAAUUGCGGGGUUAAUAGCUAGCAUAGAAAAAGUUUUGGAUAAACGAGACAAGGAACUCAGUACAGGUACAGUGGCUGUGGUAUUUAGGCCAAUCGAUGAAAAUUUAGUUAGUAUUAUUAACGGAACUUACGAUUAUAACGAUAUUGCAAAUAAUUCAACGAUAAUUGCGAUAAACGUACCUCUCACCAUGCAAAAGAAAUCAACGAUGAUGGAUCGAAUUAAAUUUCUUAGGGAAGAAAUAAAUAAAGCUAAAUAUUCCAUUGACGGAAUGGCGUUUUAUUCAGUUUACAACAUAGUACAUAUGAUGCCUGCUUUUAUACUAAAGUAUUUGGUUACAACUAUCAUGAAUGUAACAUCGACAAUAACUAACGUUGUAGGUUUUAGAGCGGGAAAACUAGCAGGAUUUAAAGUGGAAGCAAAUAUUCCUUUUGUUCCACAGUUCUAUACCUCACGUUUUCUAUUAACAAUAUUUACGUAUGAUGAUCGUUUUCACUUGACUUUAGCUACAAAAGAAGGUGUUAUGCAUAGUGGGGAAGAGGUUCAAGAAGUUCUUGAUAAUAUUUUUACUAAUAUUGAUAAAUUAAGUCACGAAUUAGACUUAGAGUUGAAUUAAUUAAUAAUUUUAAUAAAUAAAAAUUAUAAAAAACUAGAA